GAGCAGCCUUUGUGGCCAGCUGCUUCCGCGGCGCCUUACCGCCCGUUGAUUUUCUAGCUGUCUGCUUGGUACGAGCCAUUUCAAAUUCGAAGAAAACAAGGGAAAUCAGAGAGAUUUUGGCGUUGAUCUGAGGAAAAAAGGAUUUGGGAGGUAAAUGUAUGCGGUGAGCAUUUAUUGUUUGAGCAAGAUUUUAAUCUCGAGAUAUGGAUAGAAAGUUAAGAAACAUCUUGACCAAAGGGAAAGAAAUUUCAUGCUCUUGGUCCCAUGAGACUAUUAAGUCACACUACAUAAUAAAGAGGACGGCCAGAUCUAGUUCCUUUUGGGUUCCGUUUUCUUCUCUUAAUUUCUGGAUAGAAGAAGAGGAAAGGCUCACGGAUAGAAGAGGGAAUCCCUAAGCUUUAGGAAUCAAGCAAAUUUAUGAUUUGAAGUUGAUCCAUACACUUUCGAUUGAGGUUCUAAAAUGUAUGUGUGAACACAUAACAACUUUAAAUCGCAAGGAAAGUGAAGAAGGUCUAUUGUUUCGUGCUUUCUUUCAAGCUAUCCAGAAUGGCAUGGAGGAGUUUGUGGUUGCAUUGUUGAAAGCCAGACCACAAAUAAUUUAUACAAUCGAUCCAAAUUCAAGAACCGCUUUCAUGUGUGCAGUUGAACAUCGUCAAGAAAAAAUUUUCAGCUUCUUUUGUAGCGUUGCUGCAUGGAAGCAGCUUUUGAAUCGUACUGAUAAUCACGAUAAUAAUUGCUUACAUAUAGCAGGGAUGUUAGCCCCUGACUUUCAACUAGCUCGCAUUUCUGGGGCAGCCCUGCAAAUGCAAAGAGAACUACAGUGGUUCAAGGAGGUUCAAAGUAUUGUUCCAGAGUCAUGUAAAAAAGCUAGAAAUAAAGAUGGUGAAACUCCUAGUGAUGUAUUUACUAAGAGCCACAAGGAAUUGGCAAAACAAGGGGAGAAAUGGAUGAAAGAUACAGCGAGUUCUUCUAGUGUUGUUGGCUCUCUCAUCAUUACCAUCAUGUUUGCUGCAAUUUUAACUGUUCCUGGUGGUAACAAUCAGGAAACUGGAUUUCCCAUUUUACUGGGUAAAAAAUUGUUUAUGGUAUUCUUGAUAUCAGAUGCGAUUUCCCUCUUCGCUGCAUCCAUCUCAGUGUUCAUGUUUCUGGGAAUCCUCACGUCACGUUAUGCCGAGGAAGAUUUUCUCGCGUACUUACCUAAGCAGUUGAUUUUGGGCCUUUCAACACUCUUCAUCUCUAUAGCAACAAUGAUGGUAACAUUUUCUUCUGCUCUUUUAAUUAUAUUACAAGGUCGUUGGUCAGUAAUUCUUCCAAUAAUUCUGAUAGCUGCUCCUCCUGUCACUCUUGCUAUGCGGAUGCAAGCUCCAGUCCUUGUCGACAUUUUUAUUUCAACCUAUAGACCAGGAAUCCUUGUUAAGACAAAGAAGCUGUGGCCUUAGCACAGUAAAUGUGUCCAACUUUCUCAUCAUGUAAUCUUCGAACUUGUAUUAGUAAUACAUGCUCCUAAUCAUGUACUGUGUGUUUCAGAAUUCAUUUCUCUAUAAAUUCAAACUUUCAGU